AUGGUCAACUAACUCGCUAUUGAAACAAGGAAAACACGCAACUCAGACCAAGAUGAGCAGUGUUAACUUAAUCACUUGCUACACAACAUCUGCCUUCAAAAAAAUAUUUACAUAUUUGUUGUCCAUGUUGAUAACCUUUGGGUGAUCGUCCGAGCCCGCCGUUUAAGCACCAGUCGGUCGCGGUCUGCCUCGUUGUGCAGAUCUCUGUAAUUAAUUAACAUCUAGUGUACUUAACAAUUAACCUGUGAUGUUACAUAGAAUCCUGUGUUUUGUUGCGCUGGCCAUAGCCGUGACUGCUCAAGAUCGGAAAUGCAACAACGGCGUGGCGUGCAUCCCCCUAGUGUCGUGCUCGGGGCUGAACAGCCAGCUGCAGAACAGUAGGAACGAGGAACUGCUCGUACUGCUGAGGAAGCUGCACUGCGGCUUCGAUCACGACGACCCUAAGGUAUGCUGUCCCCCCGUGUUCCAAACGGAGAGCCAGCCAAACAGAAUAGGCGUCGGUUUCACUGGCUCGGCCGCAGCCGGCAGCUUCUCUGCCCCGGCUUCCAGCGGCGAUUCUGACAGCUUGCUGCCCAGUAACAGAGUGUGCGGCAUACAAACUAACGACAGGAUAGUAGGCGGAGAGCAGACGGAACUAGAUGAGCACCCGUGGACGGCGCUGCUUCGAUACGACAAACCCCGAGGAUGGGGCUUCUAUUGCGGCGGUGUGUUGAUAUCCGCUCGGUACGUCAUGACUGCCGCGCACUGUGUGAAAGGCGCGGAUCUGCCACAAAACUGGAGAUUAUCUCAAGUCCGUCUCGGAGAAUGGAACACGUCUAGCGCUACAGACUGCUACGGCGGCGAAUGCCACUCGGGGAUCCAGGACGUGCCGGUGGAGCAAGUCAUCGCUCACGAGGACUACGACCCGAACAACACCAACCAGCACAACGACAUCGCCCUGCUGAGGCUCGCGAGGAAAGUGGAAUUUACAGAUUUCAUCAAGCCAAUUUGUCUGCCAUCGACGGAUGCCCUGAGAACCAGCACUUUUGAAAACUACGACAUGGAGGUCGCAGGGUGGGGUAAAACUGAAACACGUUCAGAAUCGGACGUCAAACUAAAAGUCCGCGUACCAGUGGUCACCAUGUCCGAAUGCUCGCAAGUGUUCCGGCCCGUCGGGCGGCGCAUCAUGAACAAGCAGAUCUGCGCGGGCGGCGUUGCGGGCCGCGACUCCUGCCGCGGGGACUCCGGUGGCGCCCUCAUGGGCCGAGUGCCCACUGUAGACAACUGGAUAGCUGUGGGGGUAGUCUCCUACGGACCCUCGCCUUGUGGGACCGCUGGCUGGCCGGGCGUCUACACUCGUGUCGGCGCUUACUUUGACUGGAUCGUGGGCAAACUGAGGCCUUGAGACUGAUGUUAGGUCAGGGAUCUCCAAACUUUCUGGCCAUGGCAAGCUUCCGUUUCGCGGGCCGUAAUUUGGAGACCCCUGUUUUAGGUUAUGUAGUAAGAGUAUACUCAUUGCGGUUGUGCCAUUUGAAACCGACGUAGGUUUUUCUGGUCAUGUUUGCC